AUGUACUGUGUCUAUGGAUAUACAAAUGGGUUUAGAAAUUCACAGGGAUAUUUUUUAGCGAGAAAUGCAAAUAAAAGUUACCGUUACUCUGAGCAAGAUAUGUAUAAUGAGUUGGUCAAAUUAGCUGAUAAAGGAGAAUUAGAUAGAUGUAAAAUUCCAAAAGUACAAACAAUUAAAGAAUGGAUAAGUAGAUAUUCUAGGCAGGUGAAAAAAGAGGCGGCUGAAAGGGCUUCAGAAAACCAUGGAGAAGUUUCUGAAAGUAAAAAAGGCUGA